UCCCGCCCCAGGCCCGGCGGGGCCGGAAGCGCAGCCGCGUCCGCCGGGCGCCGCGGGCGGAGGGACGCGCGGAGAUGACGCAAGCAGCACCGGAAGCCGCUCCCCUGUGAGGCUGCGAACCGGGAGCGGCGGCCGCUGGUCCAGGCGCCAUGGCUGCGGAGCGGACCCGGCCGCUGCGAGGCUCCGGCGGCCCGAGCGCGCCCAGUCGCUGUGAGCCCGGCGCGAGGUCCCGGGCCCCGGGGCGCUCGCUCAGGUAAAUUUUUCCAUAACCUUAUGGAGAGAAAGGACUUUGAGACAUGGCUUGAUAACAUUUCUGUUACAUUUCUUUCUCUGACGGACUUGCAGAAAAAUGAAACUCUGGAUCACCUGAUUAGUCUGAGUGGGGCAGUCCAGCUCAGGCAUCUCUCCAAUAACCUGGAGACUCUCCUCAAGCGGGACUUCCUCAAACUCCUCCCCCUGGAGCUCAGUUUUUAUUUGUUAAAAUGGCUCGAUCCUCAGACUUUACUCACGUGCUGCCUCGUCUCUAAACAGUGGAAUAAGGUGAUAAGUGCCUGUACAGAGGUGUGGCAGACUGCAUGUAAAAAUUUGGGCUGGCAGAUAGAUGAUUCUGUUCAGGACGCUUUGCACUGGAAGAAGGUUUAUUUGAAGGCUAUUUUGAGAAUGAAGCAACUGGAAGAUCAUGAAGCCUUCGAGACCUCAUCACUAAUUGGACACAGUGCCAGGGUGUAUGCACUUUACUACAAAGAUGGACUUCUCUGUACAGGGUCAGAUGACUUGUCUGCAAAACUGUGGGAUGUGAGCACAGGGCAGUGUGUUUAUGGCAUCCAGACCCACACGUGUGCGGCUGUGAAGUUUGAUGAGCAGAAGCUUGUGACGGGCUCCUUUGACAACACUGUGGCCUGCUGGGAAUGGAGUUCCGGAGCCAGGACCCAGCACUUCCGGGGGCACACGGGGGCGGUGUUUAGCGUUGACUACAAUGAUGAACUGGAUAUCUUGGUCAGUGGCUCUGCAGACUUCACUGUGAAAGUGUGGGCUUUAUCUGCCGGGACAUGCCUGAACACACUCACCGGGCACACGGAGUGGGUCACCAAGGUGGUUUUGCAGAAGUGCAAGGUCAAGUCUCUCCUGCACAGCCCCGGUGACUAUAUCCUUCUAAGCGCAGACAAAUAUGAGAUCAAGAUUUGGCCAAUUGGGAGAGAAAUCAACUGCAAGUGCUUGAAGACACUGUCAGUGUCUGAGGAUCGGAGUAUCUGCCUGCAGCCGAGACUUCAUUUUGACGGCAAAUACAUCGUCUGUAGUUCAGCACUGGGUCUCUACCAGUGGGACUUUGCCAGUUAUGAUAUUCUCAGGGUCAUCAAGACUCCUGAGAUAGCAAACUUGGCCUUGCUUGGCUUUGGAGAUGUCUUUGCCCUGCUGUUUGACAACCGCUACCUGUACAUCAUGGACUUGCGGACAGAGAGCCUGAUUAGUCGCUGGCCUCUGCCAGAGUACAGGAAAUCAAAGAGAGGUUCCAGCUUCCUGGCAGGCGAAGCAUCCUGGCUGAAUGGACUGGAUGGGCACAAUGACACGGGAUUGGUCUUUGCCACCAGCAUGCCUGACCACAGUAUUCACCUGGUGUUGUGGAAGGAACAUGGCUGACACCACAAGCUACCACCACUGACUGACUUUGGGUGCCGGGGCUGCGGGUUUUGAGUGCAACUUUGUGGCAGCCGACUGCAUGAACCAAAGUUCUCACCUAAUGGUAUCAUCACGCAGUGCACAAUCAUUUAUCUAUGUUUGCCAGGGGCAGCUGGGGCGGGGGUGGGCUUCUUUUAUUGACAUACAACAUACAACGCAGCAUGCUGGUGGGGUUCACCAUUGACUUCAUUUGUACUUAGUUAUGUUGGUCAGGAUAAGAGGACGCAUUUCAGGUUCAUCUUUCUUGAAUAUUGGUUUUAAGUAAACAGAGUUAAAUGGUUCAUUAAUCUGCUAAUUGGUUGCCUAUAAAAACACAUGCAGUCUAUUAUUAAAGCUUUUACCAUUGCCCUUUU